AUGUCUGGAGGACAAAGGGGUGGAGGUGGUUCAGCGGCCGUGAGAGCCGUUGCCUCAGCACUUGGCAUCAAUCGCCAUGAAAUGAGCAACUACAUUCAACCGGCAAGAAGCGAACCUCCUCCACUGUUCCCGCCGCUUACAAGAAGCGUUUUGCCGGCAGAGGAAUGCGAUCGACAGAAAUACAUGGUGGCUACGAAAGACGAUCUGCUCAAAUUUGGUUUCCGAGACAGCCCGUAUUUUCUCGAAGAAAAGAAAAUCGGCGGAGACGUUAAGCGUUACACGGAUAAAUAUCGGGAAACUAAUAGAACAAAACUACAACCAGAUUGGUCUCGGAUACCCGAGGAACUCUGUUGGCAAAAGAAGAAUUUAGAGCAAAAUCCAAGCAAGAAACGCAAGUUGGACGAUGCAAUGGGAGAGCUUGUCAACGAAAAGUUAAAACGCCUAGAAGAAAAUGCUGCAGAAAAGGAUGAGGAACCAGAAGAAAAGCAGGAAGAAACAUCAGACGUCGAAGAUGAAGAAGAGAAAGAGCGAGUCGGCGAUGAAGCGGUUUCUGAUGACGAUUAUCUUGAAGAGGAUAACGAUUAUGCAACGGGUUACUUCGACAAUGGUGAAGGAUAUGGUGCUGGUUCUGAUGACGAUCUCGAUGCAGAUGGUGAUUUG